AUGCCGCCCUGGCCCAGCCCCGGCCCAGCACAGUGGCUGCACCACCCACCCGACGACCGCCAGCUGGGCGCCCAACGGGCCUUCUGGCCCCCUCCGGUCUCGCUAGUUCUGGUCCACGGCCCCGUCAGAGUCGAGGCCAAUUCUGCUCCAGGCGCCAGCCUGUUCAGUCGACGCCUGGCGGCCUGCCCGCCUGCCCGCCUGCCCACCGCGCGUUUGCCAUCGAACGGACCUCGAGGCACCACCAACCAGCUCGCCGCAUUGCAUCACAACGUGGCACAAGGACCAGGCCCAACAGACCCGAACCCCUGUUCCCGGCUCACGCCGACCUCAUUGGCGUUUUGCCGCCGUGGACGUGCAAGCACAAGGGAACAGGCCGUCGUCGUCUUCAGUGCGUGCUCUCGCCUACGGGCCGUACAAGUAAGAAAAAUGUACUGGCCCUGA